UUGAAGAAUAUCUUGAAGCGAGCUCAAAUUAUUGACUCAAAGUCAUUGGCAGCGACUACCACAAACGUAGUAACGUACACGGCGGCCAGAUGGGGUCGAAGGGAGAUAAAACGGGAGGCUGCUUGCACCGCAAGGGAGCGACGAUAUCAGUCGCAGUCGGACGGUCAACCAAUUCACUCGUUUCUCCAAUCCCAAAUAGAAUCUCCUAGCGCGAUGUGGGAUGACGCAGUGGAAGAAACUCCGGCUCCAGCCGCGCCAGCGGCAGAAGCACCUGCCGGUGAUACACCUGCAGCAGAUGCAUCUGCAACUGACGCAUCCGCUGACGCACCACCCGAAGUUGCCGAGCCUCCUCCACCUGAGAACAAUUCAAAGAAUGAGCCGAAACGCCUUGUUUUUAAACACUGGACCAGGCCGAAAUUCCUACAGUACAGCUACAUCUAUGACUACCAACGCAACUAUUAUGACGAUGUGCUGUCCUAUUUGGACCGACGUAACAAAGGUUUACCAGUAGAGAGGCCACGAGCACAGACUUGGGGCGAAAGAGCUCUCAGAACCUACCUCUCAAAAGACACCAGCUACCUGUCCAGGACAUAUAGCAAAGAUACGACCCUGCUCCACCACAUUUCUACGGGAGCGCGGUUUCAGCGUUAUCACAGCAAGGAUUUCGUUGGCGUGAUGAUUCACUGA